AUGGCUGCUGUCACAAAGAGGGCAUGCAAUCCUAAUGAAGAGGAGAUUGAUCUAAGACGAGGGCCAUGGACACUUGAAGAAGACACUUUGCUUAUACAUUACAUUGCUAGUCACGGGGAAGGCCAUUGGAAUUCGUUAGCAAAAUGUGCAGGAUUGAAGAGGACUGGAAAAAGCUGCAGAUUGAGAUGGCUAAACUAUUUAAAACCUGACAUUAAGCGUGGCAACCUCACUCCACAAGAACAACUCAUGAUCCUUGAACUCCAUUCCAAGUGGGGUAACAGGUGGUCUAAAAUUGCACAGCAUUUGCCAGGAAGAACAGACAAUGAGAUAAAGAACUAUUGGAGAACAAGGGUCCAAAAACAAGCACGUCAGCUCAAUAUCGAGUCCAACAGCAAGAGGUUCCUUGACGCGGUUCGAUGUUUCUGGAUGCCAACGUUGCUUCAAAAGAUGGAGCAAUCUUCUUCUUCUUACUUGCCAACAACCUUGAGUUCUCAGAACUCUGCAUCUCCUUCUCUGUCACCUAAUUGCUCUGCUCCUUCUAUUUCGCUCUCAACUUCUCCACCAAGCAAGGUUUCACAAAUAUUUGAGCAUCCCAUUAAUGGAAAUUCCAGUUCUGUCAGAAGCCCAAGUAUCUUUUCCUCAGAUUCUUUGAUUUCCCAGCUGCCUCAAACUUCAGAACGCCUAACAAGUCCAACUCAUGCUUUUGACCACACCGUCUACAGCAGCAGCCCAGCUUUAAAUGACUGUUACUAUGUGGACACCAGCAGUGGCUAUGCCUAUGACAUGGAGGGUCUCAACCUGGACCCUGCUUCAGCAAUUUGCGAUUUUAACAAUCAACAGUUUGAUUGCCAGAUGACAGCAGGUGAUUGGAUGUUGGACAACAUGACUGACACUUUAUGGAACAUGGAGGGGAUGUGA